UUCUAAGAACCAACAUUUGAGGUUAAUGCUUGUUUUGUGCUUGCCACCUAGAAGAACCAUAUAGACCCAUCCCCCAUUAUCAGAUACUAUCACCACAAAACCUGGCUCAGACAAUACAGGCCUGUACUUAUAAAUUAAGCCUCCCUCAAGGUCAGAUUUAGUUCACACAAAGCACACAGCCAUGCAUGCAAGCUAAGUUGAAGUAUUACAGCAGCCAAUAUCAAGUCUAAGAUAAGUUCUAUACUUUAUGUCAGCAUUACCUUAAAUAUGAAUAUAGCUAUCAGCAUGGCCCCAAGUGAAUAGCUUACAAAAAUUAUUCAGUAUACUAGUUGUUCUGAAUGCAACAGAUGAAUGGGGAGGGUUGGUGCACCGUUAAAGACUCUUUAACCCAUCAUUCGGCUCUCAAGGCCGGGCAUCUGUUUGCUUUUUUGGUUCCUGUUUGAUUUCUUUCCGUUCUAUAUGUGUGUUUCACACAUACACUUAUUUACCUUUAGUGACACAUAUUAUGACAGACAUAUACAUGUGUGAAUACCCAUUUGCAACCUAGAAGGAGGUAAACAAACCAUGCUGAGUAAUUAUAGACAAAAUAAUGAAUGAAGGCUGGAUUCCAACCAUCGUAUAUAUAUUUUUAUUAGAAGCUUUCCGUUUGAUUGGGAGGGUGUGCGACUGACAAUCCCUGCCCACCCCAAUACCUUUUGUAUACACUUCAAUCAAACACACACACACACACACACACACACACACACACACACAGCCCCAGCCCUGCCUGAUGUGGACAAGCUCCGACAUUGACCAGGCCUUGGUGCAGAACCGGUCAAUGAAACACAAGUGGAGGGAACUGGCUGAGACUAUCGAGGAUUCGUGUGGAAUCAACUGUCGCAAGAACUCAUGACUAUCUACGAUACUGGUCGUCUCCCAGUGGAGUUAAACAUGAAGGCAGUACCAAAUACCGUGUACAAGUACGACCGAGCCCCUCCCCCUCUCCUACCCUCUCGAGCACCCACAACGACAGAUGAUAGUCCCGGACUACCAAAGCUUCCCUCACGUCCCCCUAAAGCAGCUGGUGCGGCAAUGGUUCCAGCCCGUCCCCCUAAACCAGCCCAUAACAAUGAACCUCCGGUACCUGCACGCCCAUCCAAGCAAUAUGCGAAGCAUUAGGUACUGGAGAUACUGGGUCAUAACUUGUUAGUGCAAGAAUCAACUCAUAUCCUUUAGGUGACAUAUUUUCAUAGGUAGUAGCUGCUAGGUGUGUGGUAGAAUACAACAAACAUUUUAGUGUUAGUACAAGAAUCAACUCAAUACAUGAACUCAUUGACAAGCUUUUUAUCCCCCAUAGUUUAGUCACAAUCACUUAAUUGUCAGCUUACAUGUUUAACAUGUUAAGAAAGUUUUAGGUUAUCUCUCUCAAUUCAAACUUUUUUUUGAUCGAUCACUGCUUAUAUCAAGAACAUUAUUUUGUGUACAUACAAUUAUAGUGUACUGUACAUGUCUGCUGUCUGUUGGUUGAUGGACAUAAUAAUGCUGAA